AUGGCUGGCCGAAGUGCUUCAAAGCUCGUCUCUAUCUUCGUGGCAGGCGUUGUGGUGCAUUUUCUGUGCACCACUGUGUUCGUACAGCCUGGGGGAGGACAUCUACAGACGCCUCGAGUCCAGCGUCCAGCAUUCGAGCAGGGCAAGGUGAACUUGGGCAUUGAUGGAGCUGUAGUGAAGUCCAAGAACAUGCCUGCACCGGUUCUAGAGGCUACUGAGGCCACAAACUCUGCCAUUCAGGAGUGCUUGGACGAAGGCUGCUCUGUGGAAGCUUUGAUGGAGCUCGACAUGAAGCUGGCCAAGGAUGAGGCAGUGAUCAAGAAAAGCCUUGAUGAGUUGCACAGCUCACAAGCCGAAGAGUACUCGGAGGAGGGGAAGGAGCAGAUUGCUUGGUUGAGCAACUACCUGUUUCGCAGUGGAAGCCUUCGUGCCCAACUCCAGGCAGUGAAGACGUUGAAGGCUGAAGGAGACUUGGUUUCCCAGCUCGUGCGCGCUGCAUCCGUGGCUUUUGGCGGAGGGCGGAAGGGUGACUAUCCCAAGGCCUGGGUCUUCAUUCAUAUUGUGUUGUUAGUGGUGCAGUGCGGACGAGCAGGGCCCGGGAUGCCGAGAAGGAUGUAUGGUCGGGCUAGCUAUGGUGCCAGUUUCAUACGGCUUCGUUUUGUCGAGACUCGUUAUCCAAGAAGGCUGAAGCCACAGAAGGAUGAAGAUGAUGAGGACAGCGCGGACGAAACCACCGAAGAGAAAGUGAAAGCUUAUGGAGUGGCUUGGAUGCUCAAGAGCACGGUUGCACCAUCGAGCUUUGCAAGCUUUGCUUGUCGUGCUUGUCGCAUCCACGCGGGGAUUCCCCUGACCUUGUUGGUGUCAGUCAUCCUUGGGAUUUGGACACCUGGAACCCAGCUGACGUUGGAUGGAGUCCGAGCCGCGCCAGAUUCCCCGUAUCGCAGCAUGGGAGCCAUCUCUCGCCUUGAUGAUGAGAUGGACAGACAAAGGCACCGAGAAGCGAUUUGCCGAAUGUGUGCAUGUCAUACUAUUUGUACAGUGCCCACUUCUCUUGCCCUUCCAGGAAAGAGUAUGCGAAUCGCGGGGAGAGGGAGUACUGAAGCUGCAAGCGGCGAGCAUGUCUGCCUUCUCUUCGACGCGCAGCCACCUUUUCAGCCGUUAGCAAGGCUCUUGUGCUUGGCAUGUGCCAUCCUCGGGUGCCUCGAAAGCCCAUGGCACAUGAGCACAAGCUCGGUGCAAGCCCCGCUUUCAAAACCACCCUGGAAAGUCAGCAAAUCGGGGAUCCUGACGCCCAAGCAUCGGGGAUUACCCUGA